UUAGUGGACUAUUCAGUAACAGUAGCAAAAAACAGAAUCAGUAUUCAAACCUUAAAUAUGUAGAUGUAGGAUUAUAAUCAAUAAUACAAUAAAUAUUUCACGUAGCUGUGAUCAAUUAUUAGCAUUCUAUAUUAUUUUCUUCGUGGAAUUGUUUUUUAUGGUGGAAAAAAAAAUGUUGUAAGCUGUCAAUGUCACUGUGACAUAUUGAUAAUUUCAUUUCGAUUUCGAUUCGAUUUUGAAUAAUGUUGACUGUUGAAUUAGCUUAAUUUACAUUUUAAUUUUUACUCUUUGCUGUUGUUGAGUGUUUGUGUUCACCAAAGAAUUUAAACUUCAAGUUUUUAAUUUUAAUCACAUUUAUAAUGGUAGUAUGUAAAUUCUUUCAACGAGGCAAUUGCUACUAUGGCAACAGUUGCAGAUUCGACCAUACAUAUGAUUCAAAAUAUUCUUAUCGGGCACCACAAUACGAGACAACUAAAAGUAGUCACCCUGUGGCUAGUACUGUAUCUUCAGGUCAAAGCAGUUCAGCAUCGUCAUUAUUUCGUAGUGCCGUACAAAGUGUAUCAAGUUUUGAAAACGCAUCGAGUCACACAUUCGCCGAGAGUCAACCCACGAGACCCUCUGUGUUUGACAGACUAGGCCCCCAACCCUCCAGCAAUCAGAACCAAGCCAGGUCACUCUUCGCACAAGCUAACCAGAAUGUGAAUGAACAAAAUACCAAUGUAUUCCAAACCCAAAACCGAUCUUCAAAUGUAUUCCAAACUCAAAACCAAUCUUCAAAUGUAUUCCAAACACUUAAUCAACCUUCAAAUGUAUUCCAAACACAUAACCAACCUUCAAAUGUAUUCCAAACACAUAAUCAAAUGUCAAACGAUUUCCAAAUGCAUAACCAAUCCCCAAAUGUGUUUCAAACUAACACACCACACAAUGCUUUUCAAUCACAAAACCAAUCUGCAAGUGCAAAAUCAUUGUUUGCCCAGGCAACACAAAGCAUAUUUGGCCAACAACCUAACUCCAAUACAAAUGCAAGCCAUCAGCCAAGUUCUGUAUCUAAUAGUACAAAAAAUGUUUUUCAUAUAUCAAAUCAACCAGCACCUAAUGUGUUUAGUACAAAUGUUUUUGAACAAAAUCAAAUAAAUGACGAUGAUAUUUACAGUAAAAUUGAGGAUUUGUCCCAAACUGAUAUUGAUGCGUUUGAGAGUGAUCAUUUCAAAUUGGGUUUUAUACCAGAGUUACCACCAACAAGGGCUCUUUGUGCUAUGUAGACUAUUUGCUUAGAUACUGUCUUGUAUAUAAAAUAAAUGUUUCAUUUACGAGUAAAUGAGCAUCAAGUAAUUUGCAAAUACAAACCUUAAACAAAACACUUUGAUCUGUCCUAUGCUCAGUUUGCUCUGAUUUUUGGGGUUUUAUUGGAAACAGCUUUAUUAUUGAACUAUUAGGUAUUUGGAGUUCCUUUUCUUUCACUAUUCUAAAACUGCUGAAACACGUAUGGACAGUUAUUACAUGAAAUAUCUAUAUAAAAGUAACUCAAGGAUACAUAUAUGAUAUAUAACGAUGGCAAGGAUCCACAGGAAGGAUACUGCUUUUUACUUUUAUGACAAACUAAAUUAUUUUUAUAAAUUGUAAGAUUUAUAUUUUCUGAAAUAACUGCUGUGUUUUUUGUUGGCAUUUGUUUGUAGCAUUGGUUUUCUAAAUUGGUGGUAGAGUGGCAGACUUACUUUUGUACUGUUUCAAAUAAAUUUCAUUUGAUUUUGUGAAUAAACAGGAUUUUUUUUAAACAUAGAAUAUUUGCCAUAUUUUUUAAAUAUAUCCAAUAUUUGCAUUCCCCUGAUGAAAAGAUGAUGUGUUAGUUUGUGAACCCCAACCCAGUGAUGAGUCCAGCCCCUCUACCACUGAACUAUUAAGUUAAUUGAUAAUUCACUCUAGUUUCCUAGUCAGCAAGCCCAUUGUUCAUUAGGAUUUUAAUGAACUAGAACAAACUUUGUUUUAGAAUUACAAUUUAUAGCAUAAUAACUAUGCAUUUAUUAAUUCAUAGCAUCAUAAUUAUUUAAACAAGUAAGGAUCUUGGAUCUUUUGACGGCCGCGUGGCGCAGUGGGUAGUGACCCUGCUUUCUGCAUCCACGGCCGUGGGUUCGAUUCCCACAACUGGAAAAUAUAUGUGUGAUGUUCAUGGGUGUUUUCCAGUGUCUGUGUGUAUUUAUACAUUAUAUAAGUAUUUAUAUGUAGUAUAUAAUUGUAUAUUAAUAUUAUAAUAUCAACUAUCUUAGCACCCAUAACACAAGCUAUACUGUAUGCUUACUUUGGGGCUAGAUAGUGAUGUGUAUUGUUUAAGUAUAUUUAUUUAUUUAUUUAUUAUUUAUUAUUUGGAUAAAACUAUUGAAGAUGAUAAAAAAUUAUGACAAGCACAUACUAUGUGAUCAUGAUGACCAAUAAUUCUAUUAACUUAUUGUAUAAUGUAAAUAAAAUAUUGAUUUUUAAUGUAAUAA